GUGAACGAGCGAGAAGGAAAGGAAGGUGGAUAGAAUUUCCCUCUGAAAAUUUUCCAGAGUGACCUUUCUACGUCCUCUAGUGUGGAGUCGAAACAAUUUCAUUCAAUUGUUAUUUGAGGUUGCAGGGUGUGAGUGCGAGAUUCUUUCAGAAAAAAAACAUAACCUUCAGCCAUGCCUACCCGUUGGAACUACCCCGCUCCAGAGCUGCAAGACGAGCUGCGCAAGAUCGCCAACGCCAUCGUCUCCAACGGCAAGGGUAUCUUGGCCGCCGACGAAUCCGUAGGUACCAUGGGCAAACGACUCGCAGACAUCGGUCUAGAGAACACCGAGGAGAACAGGAGGAAAUACAGGCAACUGCUGUUCACCACCGACAAGAACCUAGGCAACCACAUCAGCGGCGUCAUCCUCUUCCACGAAACCGUCUACCAGAAGGCUGACGACGGUACGCCCUUCAUCGAGCUGCUGAAACAGAGGGGGAUCAUCCCCGGUAUCAAGGUGGACACUGGGGUGGUCCCCCUGAUGGGGUCCCUGGAUGAAACCACCACUCAAGGUCUGGAUGAUCUGGGUAAAAGAUGCGCCCAAUACAAGAAGGACGGUUGUCAGUUUGCCAAGUGGCGUUGCGUUUUGAAAAUCGGCGAACACACCCCUUCCUACCAGGCCAUCUUGGAAAACGCCAACGUUUUAGCCCGUUACGCUUCCAUCUGUCAAGCCAACAGGAUAGUACCCAUAGUGGAGCCAGAGAUUCUCCCCGAUGGCGACCAUUGCAUCGAGCGUUGUCAAAAAGUAACAGAGACGGUCCUGGCCUUCGUAUACAAAGCCCUAGCCGACCACAACGUCUUCCUCGAAGGUACCUUGCUGAAACCCAACAUGGUAACCUCAGGACAAUCCGCUAAAACCAAGGCCAGCAAAGAGGAAAUUGCCAAAGCGACCGUGACCGCCCUUUCCAGGACCGUACCACCGGCAGUACCCGGCAUCACCUUCCUUUCAGGUGGUCAAUCAGAAGAGGAAGCCACGCAGAACUUGGACGCCAUGAACAGGUACCAGGGUAAGAAACCUUGGGCUUUAACCUUCAGUUAUGGUCGCGCCUUGCAAGCAUCAGUCUUGAAGGCUUGGGGUGGUAAAGACGAGAACGUAGCAGCUGGACAACAGGAACUCCUCAUCAGGGCUAAGGCCAACAGCGAGGCGUCUAUGGGUAAAUACGAGGCUGGAAGUGUCAAAGGAAAGGCUGGGGAUGCUGGUCUGUUCGUCAAAGACCACGUCUACUAGAUCGUCGAUAGAGUGUGGGUUGUAGAUGGUUACUAUUUCUUAAACUUUCUUAUACAAGGCGAUAUUUGAAAUAUCCCGAGACAAUUUUUUAUCGUGAGUCCUACCAUGAUUUUCCAACGAUUCUACUUAUAUGUUUUAAAUGUGUAUAUACAAUAAAUUAUUUUUGAAGUUUUAAA